AUGCGCACUGGUAUCUUUGCUCUUGCUGCCCUCCUCGUGAGCGGCGUCAUGGCCGAUGAUGGAGAAUGGCGCAAGGUUGAGCCCCAUACCAUGAAGGCUCUCCGUGAGCUCCGUGCCCGUCAGAGCGGUGGCUCUUCGUUCAUCCCUGGCACCACCCAGGGCCACGGCAAGAACUGUGUCGACGCCUUUGGAGCUGGAUACGAGCUCUGUGCCGACAGCAAGGUCUGCUACAACCCAACUGAGGGUGAUCUCUGCUGCUCCGAAGGCUACAGGCUGCUAACUGCUUUCCAGGGACUUGACCCCAAGGAGUGUGCCAAACAGCACAACGUCGAGCUCCCUCCAACCUAUGGCAACGGCAACACCAAGCCCUCUGGCGCCCCCUAUCCCACCGGAAGCACUCCUCCCACCGGCGGCUCUCACUCUACCGGCGCUCCUAAGCCCACUGGAACUCUCCCAACUCGCACUGGCACUCUUCCCACUGGCACUCACACCGGCCCAACUGCCACCAGCCCACCAAUCUACACUGGUGCUGCCACCCACAACGCCGUCCAGGGAGCUGCCGCCGCCAUUGUCGCUCUCGGCCUCGUCCAGAAUUUCUUGUAA